AUGACACAAGAUUCGAAAGACUCGGGUUCCCUCUCAUCGGCAGCGAACGCUGCUGCCUCUCAGAUUCGUCAUCCCGAUCCCAAUGCAAAUAAAACCGAAAAGACUGCUGCGCCUCUUGCUACUUUGAGUUCGGAAGCCGAUCCUUACCCCCAUAUAUUCAUGUCAGCUGCGACUGGAUUUGGGAGCGGAUAUGCAUAUUAUUCCUUGAAACAACCAAGACUAGCAGCAAUUUCAGCGGCGGUUGCUGCCGCCUAUGCGUAUGGCGCUUAUCUUAUUGAUAACCGCCAAUAUAAACGCGGAUAUACCGUAUCAUCCAUCGCUUCGCUCGGUCUCCUCGCCGCCUGCGGUCCGACAGCCUACGUAGUUAAAGAUCCGUUUAAUGUCUCCUUUGCCAGUCUUGGCGCAAUUUCGACGGCGGCAAAUACACUUAAGGCAUAUCAGCAGUGGACUGGACGUCCGCGCGAGUUACAUAGAGCUUAUUAA